UUCUCUUCCUGGGUUUCAGAAAAGGGGGAGAAAGCUAGGGCUUGUUGAAUAGACAGUGAAAUCCCCAGGAGAUCGUAGUGCCAAAUUCUUCUGUUUCUUGUACCACCCUAGUAGAUCUCGUCACAUUAUUUGAGUAUGCUGAGUUUACAUCAGAAACCAGAUGAAUCAUCAUCACCUGGACGAGAACCAUACAGAAGAAGUCACCUAAUACACGUACAUGUGGGUUCAUCAGCAAUUGGGGAUGCGUGGAUUGAACUGCUCGACGGAAGAUUAAGCCUCCUACUGGAGAAUAACAGCGAAGUGAAGUUUACAUCCUUCUCGGAAAGUAGCGAACGAACCCCUCCUUUGGCGGUACUUUCUACCAUCUCUACGCGUGGUAUUAGUUUCACUUUGACUCCGGUGUCUAACACUGAGGAAUGGCGUUCCUUGCACGAUACUUGUCUCAAUCGCAGAAAGACUAUACGUCUGAUACAUGGGGAGCGUGAAAUUCAUGUGGUGGCUGUCAAACCAAGUAUAGAUUCAUCUAGCUUUGGUUUCUGGGCAUUUUUUUCCUCCCCAAGGACUUUAUGAUUCUUCUGAGCUGAUGUUAAACCAACAAUAUCUUCAGAUUGUACUUGAUUUAGAUGGAACACUAUUAGCUGCCUAUUCUCCCCCAAUUUAUGAUAGUCAUAUAAAGAAUUUAAAGCACAAAUUGGUAAAUCAGGGAGUCCAGCAUCAGCUUGCACAGAGGAUAAAGCAAUAUGAGGAUGACUUUACUAUCUUGAAACAGUAUAUGGAAAGUGACAAGGUUGAGAUAGGUGGGGCAGUGUAUGAAGCCCGAAGCGAAACAAUGCCAGCUUUGCCUGGUAGAUCACAAGUUCUUCGCUCGGUUAUCAGGUUACAUGAUCAAGGGAUCAUCUUAUAACUCGGAUUCAUCCAUUGGAACCCGACUUAAGUGUCUACUCAAGUGUACUCGUAAAGGUGAGGCCGUCCUGGCAAAAGCUGAAAACAAUAUUGUCAGGCAUGGGUGAAGGUGGGUUCAAACGAUUUGAGGUUUUUGUAUGUACUGGAGGUGAGUGUGACUAUGGGCUGGAAAUGUGGCGCCUCCUUGAUCCUGGUUUUAAUCUAAUCACAUCAAAUGAACUAUUGGAUCGCGUUGCAUGCAUUCCCACCACGGAGGACAAAUCGCUGUCAAAUGUUCUCCGGAUGAGCAAGCGUAAUAAUAAGAUUGCCUUGGUCAUAGAUGAUCAUCCCGAACGCUGGGGGGCGAUUGAUAAACAGAAGGUGUAUGCUGUUUCUACAUAUGCUCCAUACAAUGGUUCGGAAGCUUAGCCGGUUCUCGAGAAAGCAGGAGCCUUUGCACUCCAAGUUAGAAGGAAUUUUUUGAUCGUUUUCUCAUUCAUAAGAAACUGUUUGGUGAUACUACGCGUGAAAACCAAAUUCACAUGGAAAAAAGCCUUCCAUCUCCUCCCGACUUGGGUAGCCAUGUCACUAUGAUAACAGAGUCUAACAAAGCGUCUUUAAAGAGAAAGAGUGCUUGUGGACUGGGGCAGAUGGUGAGGAGCAUUGGUAAUUCUUGUAUGAAUAACAAUGAUGUGCAGGGGAUGUCCGCCGCUCACACUGCUAGCAGUAACAAAAACUUGGAUAAGGAUAACCUGCAAUCAAUUUCUGACAGGCUCCUAUCUUGGGAUCAUCCGGGAAACUCUCCCGCGUCAUUGCUUGACCGCACUCUAACAGACAUGUUCGAUGCAGCGACAUCAGGCAAUCUGCAGCUGUCGGAUUUGACAAUUGACGGGGCUAGCUUAAAUCAUCCAGCAACUCCGAGGCCCAAGCCAAGUUCUUCAAGUACCUUGAGGCAGCCUCAGACAUCAAACAGUGUGCAGACGUCGGGUUUGACUAUUGGUGAGGAUAGCUUAAAUCAUCCAGCAACUCCAAGGCCCGUGCCAAAUUCGAACACUGCAAGUGCCUUAGAGCAGCCUAAGACAUCAAACAGUGUGCAGCCGUCGGGUUUGACUAUUGGUGAGGAUAGCUUAAAUCAUCCAGCAACUCCAAGGCCCGUGCCAAAUUCGAACACUGAUUCAGGUGUCUCCUCGGCCAUCGAGAGUUUCUAUGAAAGAGCAAACCAAAAAUUCGAAGCUGGUAGUUGCUUCAUAACAUUAAAAACAGAUAGGGUGGUAUUUGGUAGGCUUCAAGAUGUUCAGCUUGAUGUGAAUGAUGUCAAUAGUGUGUGUUCAUCGCAAGAUGUAUCUGUGAACUGUGUCAUGGUGUACAUCAGGUACCUCUACAAUAAAUUGGUGGCAGAGAAGUUAGAUCAUAGAUUCGUAUUUGUGAAACCUGCAUUGAUAAGGUCCGCAGAAGAGGCCAAGUAUUUACUAACUUCCAGAUCAAAGAAUUUAAACUGUGAAUUGGUCUUCGUACCUCUAUAUGUAGAGAAAAGAUGGUUUCUUGUCGUUGUAAAUCUGGAGACAAUGACAUGCUACUGGCUGGACUCAUCUGAAAGCCCAGGACAUUCUGACGUCAGAGAUUCUAUCUCCAUGCCAGGUUUUACCAUUAGAAAGAUGGAGAGAAGAGGCCAUCACAUAGAUGGAGUAUAUCAAGUGUCCUACACAUGAAAGCAGUCAAUCCGGGUUUAACAUAAUGAAGUUUAUGAGAGAAAUAAUCAAGAAUCCAAAUAUGUUGACAAGGGAUGAUGAGCCUUUCCCCCAAUCCACGUAUGAGCAGGAUGAAAUCGAUGAAGUGAGACUUGAGUGGGUGCAGACAGUAAAUGAAGCCUUACCCUAAAUCUGCAUGUGCAUAUGAGCAUCCAUGAAGUUAGAUUUAGUUGCAUGAUGUUAUUAGGGUUAUUUUUUUUUGGGUACAGUUAGAUUGUUAUAGGUGUCCUCUUGGCUUACUGAACAGGAUAAACAUUAUACAGAUAGAUAGUGUUGACUAAAGAUUGCCAUUUGGGCAGUUUGAGAAGUUCCCUCGUAACCGAUUAUACUGAGAGAUAGUGUUGACUAAAAAUUGCCAUGUGGGCAGUUCAAAUAGAAAGAAGUUUCCUCGUAAAUGGCUUAUUUUGGUUGUGUGGACUGUAAAUUAACACAGCGGGUCCUUUUGCUAAUGAGUAAUAAGAAUUCCCUCUUUUUUUC